GGCGCAGUGCAGAGCGCGCUGCAGGGCGCGAUGUCGUUUGAAAAUGCUCACGUUACCAAGCUCUCAUGAUUGUUGUCGCAGUGACCUCGAUUGUUACUGGGAUCUUCGAUGUGAAGUACUUGUUUCACCUUCAGUUGGUGCCUCACAUAUCCAAGCACCAUCAAUAUUGGAGGCUAUUUGUGCAUCACAUAGCCUGCUCAAGCUCGAUAGACCUACUGUUGACAGAGCUCUUACUCUACAACGCCGCAAUUCACAUUGAACGCGCUUUUGGAAGUUGCAAAUAUGCGUCAUUUCUAUCCAUCGCACUUUUGCUGAACACGAUUUCCACCUUUAUUGCCCUAAUUUUAGUGUCUCCAGUUCCGAAACUUGGUAUGGCAGUGAAUCGCCUGCCUUCUGGACCCAUCGCCUUGGUGUUCAGUAUCGUCUAUCAGUAUUAUCGCCUCGUGCCGCAAGCGUACGACUUCAAGGUUUUUGGUGUCACUUUCAGCGACAAAAUAUGGGUAUAUGCUACCGCCACUCAGCUCGCACUAAGCUAUGCGCCUCCGACACUGCUCCUCGCCGCAUGCGGCAUUGCCACCGGCUAUAUCUAUCGCGCAGAUAUAUUGCAAUUAAAGGGCUGGCGGGUGCCACAGAAGGUGGCCAGAUUCUCAGAACGUUGGAUCAAGCCUUUACUGGGUGAGGAAAGGGGGAGCAGGAGGCUGAACAGGGUCUUCCCCGAUAAUCGCACCCGCACGUCUCGUGCUCAAGAUAUCUUGUCCCGUGAGGAAAUCACGACCACCGCCCGUCGGACCCGAACAACGAGGACGCCGCCAGAGCAGGCUGCCUCAGCCACCGACCAAAAUGGACGAACGGAGCCCUCGCCUAUCUCUACGAAUACCGGCGGAGUUGUCCGGCAGUGGGCCUCAGAGCUCGCAGGUGCAGCGAGGCUCAGCGCAAGUGGGCCGGGGACCAUCCGGGUGCCGAGCGAAGCGGAGGUCGAGACUCUGACGGCGAUGUUCCCUGAUGUCGGGCGAGACGUCGUGCUCGGAGUAUUGCAGAGGAGUGCCAACAUCGAGAUCGCUGCUGAGACAUUGCUGAGUUCAGCGCGCAGCUGACAGCGACGAGCUUUACGAUAUGCAGGGCCAUAGAUCCUGAGAUGUGACUAGUGGAGAAUUUGCGACAACCGGACA